AUGACCCAGAUCCUAACGUCGCGGCAGGCCGAGGAGCUACACAAGUCCAUAAUCGCAUAUCUUUCCUCCCAAAACCUCUCAAGCAGUGCCGCGGCGUUGAGGGAAGAACUAAGUAUCGGGGACACCUUCGACGCCGCGACAAGUAAGAAAUAUGAGGGGCUUUUGGAGAAAAAGUGGACGAGUGUUGUUCGAUUACAAAAGAAGAUAAUGGACCUGGAGUCAAGAAAUGCAAGUCUACAAACCGAAAUAGACUCUGCGACACCGACUUCACUUUCGAGAAGGAACCAAGAUCCAGCACAAUGGCUACCACGAUCACCAGCAAGACACACACUGCAGUCGCAUAGAGAUCCCAUAACUUGCGUUGCCUUCCACCCGGUAUUUUCAUCACUUGCAUCUGGAUCUGAGGAUAGCACAAUCAAAAUAUGGGACUGGGAGCUAGGAGAGCUGGAGAGGACAAUUAAAGGUCAUACGAAGGCGGUGCAUGAUGUGGAUUUCGGCGGACCAAGAGGAGGCACAUUACUGGCAUCAUGUUCUAGCGAUCUCACAAUUAAGCUUUGGGAUCCUAGCGACGAGUACAAAAACAUAAGAACACUGCCGGGUCACGACCAUACGGUCUCGGCGGUACGAUUCAUACCUAGCGGCGCUGCUGGGUCACCAUCAUCCGGCAAUCUACUUGUUUCAGCUAGUCGAGACAAGACUCUGAGAAUAUGGGAUGUUUCAACAGGAUAUUGUGUGAAGACGAUUCGAGGCCAUGCAGACUGGGUUCGAGACGUUUCGCCUUCUUUCGAUGGACGAUUCCUUCUCUCGACCGGGAACGAUCAAACAACAAGAAUAUGGGACACUGCAUCUGGGGAGCCAAAAGCCACACUACUAGGUCAUGAACACACGAUAGAAUGCUGUGUAUUUGCACCGCCAGCAAGUUAUGCGAACCUAUCGAAAUUAGCAGGAUUGAAGAAGCCACCUCCUUCGAGCAGCUCGGCCGAAUUCGUGGCGACUGGUGCAAGAGACAAGUGUAUACGGAUUUGGGAUGCUCGAGGGACACUCAUCAAGACUCUCGUCGGGCAUGACAAUUGGGUUCGCGGACUUGUAUUCCAUCCAGGAGGAAGAUAUUUGUUAAGUGUUGCUGAUGACAAGACUCUACGAUGUUGGGAUCUUGAGCAGGAAGGAAAGUUAGUCAAAACGUUAGACGAGGCACACGGGCAUUUCGUCAGCUGCAUUCGCUGGGCGCCCGGAUUAGUCAAAGACGUUCCAGCAACUAACGGAGUGAAUGGGACACCCAACGGAGCAUCUAAGAAGGAAGAAACAGCUACCAAUGUCACUAUACGUUGUGUCAUUGCGACAGGGAGUGUAGAUUUGAACGUGCGAGUUUUCGCAUCAUGA